UCACCCCAAUUAAUAAUUUUCCCCUGAUGCUAUCCAAAAUUGCCAGGGCACUGAUGCUGUGUUUGAGAGAAGCAGAGGAACCAGCCACAGCACGCUUUCACCUUUGGUUAUUUCCUAUGCGAAUAUUAGUCAGCAGGUGAGCGGGGAGCAUAAUCAGUGGAGAAAUUAUAUAAGUCGGAUGUAAAGGUCACCCUAAUAACAGCACCCUAGCCCCAGGCACCUGCCAAUCCUCUCUGCAAAUCUGUCUGUGGACAAAAACACCUAAGGAGGCGAAACUUCUCUAUCUUUUUCUCUUUCUUCUCCUUCAUCUCCUUCAUCUCCUUCAUCUCUUCCUUCUCCUUCUCCUUCUUUCUCCUUCUCCUUCUCCUUCUCCUUCUCCUUCUCCUUCUCCUUCUCCUUCUCCUUCUCCUUCUCCUUCUCCUUCUCCUUCUCCUUCUCCUUCUCCUUCUCCUUCUCCUUCUCCUUCUCCUUCUCCUUCUCCUUCUCCUUCUCCUUCUCCUUCUUCUUUCUCCUUCAUCUUCUCUUUCUCCUCCUUUUCCUUCUUGCUCCUCCAUUCUCCAUUCUUCUUCUUCCUCUCCCUCCUCUCCUAUCCCUUCCCAGUGGGAGCAGCCUUCCAACAGGUGCCCUAUGGCUGCUCAGACCCUGCCCAGUGUCACAUGUCCCCCAACACCCCACUGCCAUGGGCACCCAAUGGGAGCACCCAUGGGUGCCUGGGAACCCAAGACAGCUCUUUUACUUAUGGCCCAGACUUGCAGUUGAGGACACGUCCCCUGUUGUCCCUGCCUGCUCCGUCCCUGGGAGCUUUCCCCAAAAAGAGUGUGGGCUCAGAGGUGCCCAUCCUUUCUGCUCGGUAGCCGAGUGCCUCGCGUGGGAAUGCGUGGGGAAGGGAAGGGGCCAGGCUCAGCUCAGCUGGUCUCUGCCUCCAUGGGGAGGAAGCCGGGGGUGGGAGGCAGGCCGGGUUUCCCUCUGGGGCAGAGAUAGGCACGUUUCAUUUCCACCCCAGCCGCUGCCGCGCAUGCUGGAGAACAAGCUACCGCUGCGGGGAAGGAAACACAGAGAGAGCUGGGGGAGGCACAGCACAGUACAGCACCGCACACCCACCUGACCAGCUCGCCAUGGCUUCAGCUGCCUCGAAGACGAUGUGGGGCAGUGUGGAGAUGGCCCUGACCAGCCUCUGUGCCAUCCUGCUCUGCUGCGGCCCCAUGCUGGCCGGCUGCCGCCGGGUGACCCUCUUCCCAGCCAUGCUAACUCUCCCUGCAGGCAGCUCAGCCACCUUCUUCUGCAACAUCUCCAUGGAGAACAACUCUGGCUCGGAGUACAGCCUCAAUUGGUACAAGGAGACCAACCACAGCCAAGCUCAAAAAAUUGCAGAGAUCAGCCGGAACAGCCCCCCGACGAUGACAGAGAAGUACCUGACCACCAACCACACUCCUGCCUUCAAGAUGGAGAUCCUGAACCUUCACCAGAACGACUCAGGCUCCUACUACUGUGGGCUGAUCGCCUUCUUUGAACCCAAUAAAGUGAUGGAAAGCAACCGGUCCCAUCUGGUGGUCACAGCACCCCCUGAGAAGACAAACGCCACCAAUGAGCCCGAGAUGGAGGAAGGCAAUCCCCCAGGUCACUUCAAGGCCCUGCUCCUGGGCAUUCUGCUGCUAGCUGGGGCAGUUGUGUUGCUGAUUUUUGGCUACCUCACCGUCACAUACAGGAGAGGAGAUGUGCAGAAACCACCAAGUGAAAACGUGCUAGCGAAGGAAGAGAAGCCCCCCGUGGUGCCUGUGCCCACUGUGGACUAUGGCGUGCUGGAGUUUCAGCGGGAUCAGUACACUCAGGUGCUGCCUGAGACUCGUCUGGUCGACCAGACUGAAUACGCCACCAUCAUCUUUCCAGAGGAGAAACCCAUCACACCAGAGCGGGGGAAGAAGCACCAGAAUGAGAGGACUCGGCAGCUGCAGUCACAGCCCUGCUGAGGGCCGGGGUCCCUCCUCGCUGGGGUUCGGUAGGAAUAGGCUGCCCCGGCCCCUCACUCCCACCCCAGUUUGCAGUUUGGAAAAAUCCAGCCUGCAAGGACCAGAGCAGUGCAGGCACCGCUGCUGGAGCUGGUAGCGGACAGUCCUGGCCACAGCAGGAUCGUGGCCGUGGGGUGGGUACCACGGAAUGAGGAAGGUUCCUGCUGCUCCACAUGCUGGGCUGGGGCAGAGCAGUGAUGCCGAUGGGACUGUGCCAAAGGCGAUUUACAUAACGUCUUGAUUUUCUACCUUCACCCGGGGCUCCCUGGAGUGGCCACGCUGCUUCCCUCGCCUGGGUCUGACUCAAACAGCAAAGCACAACUGCGAGAGGAAAAGCUGGAGGACAGAGCUGGAGCAGAUACCCAGGGAUGUUGCUUGUGGGGGAGCCUGGGGCUGAGGGCUUCUCCUUCCCCCAGGCAGAGACUGUCUUGUGUACUGCUAUUUAAAGAAACCCCUGGGAAGCAGGCAGCUACUUUUCUUCCUCUCUCCAGGCACUUUCCUUUUCUACAAGAGGGGAAAUCUACCCCCGCACCCCUCCCUCCACAGGUGGGAGAUAGAUCUAGCCCUGGGGGUGAAUAAAGGGUUUCACGCCCGGGGAGUUUGUUGACUUGUGAUGGUGAACGCGUGGGCAGGCAAAUAACGGCUCUUGGCAGCGCAGGCGAGAGCCGGGAGGCGGCACCUUCUGUUGUGGUUCCUGGGCCGCUCUGUGCGAUAUGCAAGCCGCUCUUCCACGAAGCUGCUCUUAAUAAUUUAGAGAAGCCACCGCUCUUUUUCCUCUUUACCCUCUCUAGGCUGGCCCCCAGGUGCAGCUGCGAACCAAGCCCCCCCUUACUAGGCUGAUCUUGGGGUGCUCACCCAGCUGGGGAUGAGCAUCCCUGCCGUGCCAGGGACCUGGCUGCCAUCAGCCAGAGAGCACAGGUCACGGCAUGGUGCUCAGUACAGCUUUCUGGCUCCAAACUUCCAUUUUCCCUCUUUAAAGUGAUGCUGAGGCCGUGCCACUUGCCAGAAACCAGAACGGAAGAUGCAACAACUGCUUGAGAGGGGAGAAAUCCCAGUAAGGAGUGGCUUUGUAGUCAGCAGAGCCCUGGCAGGAGACCACGAAACCCAGCGGAAACCGAGAACAGUCACUUGCAUAUCACACUUUGGUGGUACUGUCAGCAGGUUUCUUUUUCCCUUAUCCCCAGUAAAACCAGUGCAGCCUUGUGGGAGCAAGCCCAGUUGCUGGAAGAAGGGGUGAGGCAUGCCAGGCACUGCAGUUUGUCCCCCGUUGGGGUGGGAAGGUCCCUGAGAAGCCUCCAGAGGGGACCAGAUAGGAUGCAUAUCCACCUGGGAUGUCUUUCACCCUCUCUCAGAGCAGGACAGUGGAUGCUGUGGCCCCUUCAGUCCCCAGUAGCCGCCACGGGCAGUGCUGUAGCUCCCACAACAUCCACUUUCGCGAGCAGCAGCCCUGCUCCUUGCCCCAGCAGAGCCCUGCGG